GGAUGUUAUAAGGGGGAGCGAGGCGGGCGGGGCUAGGACCUUUUCCCCAGGAUGUCUGCGAGUCAAGAGAGCCGACCUAGAGACAAUGGCCCCGAAGGGAUGGACCCCGAUGGUGUCAUUGAGAGCAAUUGGAACGAGAUCGUUGACAGUUUCGAUGACAUGAACUUGUCGGAGUCCCUCCUGCGAGGAAUCUACGCCUAUGGUUUUGAGAAGCCCUCCGCCAUCCAGCAGCGAGCCAUUCUCCCUUGUAUCAAGGGUUACGAUGUGAUUGCUCAGGCCCAGUCUGGCACUGGGAAGACCGCCACUUUUGCGAUCUCCAUCUUACAGCAAAUUGAGCUGGACCUGAAAGCUACCCAAGCACUGGUCCUGGCCCCAACAAGAGAGUUGGCUCAGCAGAUCCAGAAGGUCGUGAUGGCCCUAGGAGACUACAUGGGCGCCUCCUGCCAUGCCUGUAUAGGCGGGACUAACGUCCGCGCCGAGGUGCAGAAACUGCAGAUGGAGGCCCCCCAUAUCAUUGUCGGGACCCCCGGACGUGUCUUUGACAUGUUGAACAGGCGAUACCUGUCGCCCAAGUUCAUCAAGAUGUUUGUGCUGGAUGAGGCCGACGAGAUGUUGAGCCGAGGUUUCAAAGACCAGAUCUAUGACAUCUUCCAGAAACUGAGUGGGAACACACAGGUGGUGCUUCUGUCUGCCACCAUGCCCAUGGAUGUCCUGGAGGUGACCAAGAAAUUCAUGCGGGACCCGAUCCGUAUCCUGGUCAAGAAGGAGGAGCUCACCCUGGAGGGUAUUAGGCAGUUCUACAUAAACGUGGAGAGGGAGGAGUGGAAGCUGGACACCCUGUGCGAUCUCUACGAGACCCUCACCAUCACCCAAGCCGUCAUCUUCAUCAACACCCGAAGGAAGGUGGACUGGCUCACCGAAAAGAUGCAUGCCCGGGACUUCACAGUUUCCGCCAUGCAUGGAGACAUGGACCAGAAGGAGCGUGAUGUCAUUAUGAGGGAGUUCCGCUCUGGCUCCAGCCGGGUCCUGAUCACCACAGACUUACUGGCCCGUGGCAUUGAUGUCCAGCAGGUGUCCCUGGUCAUCAACUAUGACCUGCCAACCAACCGUGAGAACUACAUACACAGGAUCGGCCGAGGGGGCCGUUUUGGAAGGAAAGGAGUUGCAAUCAACAUGGUGACGGAAGAAGACAAGCGCACGCUUCGCGACAUUGAGACAUUCUACAACACCUCCAUCGAGGAAAUGCCUCUCAACGUGGCUGACCUCAUCUGAGCUGCCUUCGUUAGGGGCUCACUGUGCCUGCGAGAACCCCCCCUUCCCGCCCCCCAAUUAGGCACAAUCCUCUCUUACCCCCCACCCUUACAAAAAGACCUGCCCUUUUCUAUUUUUUUGAGUUUUCUUGCCUUUUGAAUAAAUGUCACUCUCUCUGGGGGCAGAAUGACCUCUUUUAGUGUUUACUGGCGCCUUUUCUCUGUCUCGGUCUUUCCCCCCCCCCUUACUUGUCGACUUCAUUAGGAAUUCGGGGAGCAGAUGUAGAAGCCACGAUUCCUGGCAUCUAUAAACUCCUCCCUGCUGUGCCCCACCCCACUCCCCACGUGGGAAAAAAGACGUAUUUCAUAGUCUCUUCAAAAUUCAACCUUUCAACAAAAUCGUGGUGCUAUAGCAGGAAAGACGACACCCCCCCCCCCCCCUUGGAGAAUCGAAAGAGUGUGGGUGUUUCUGUUUUUUCCCUGACUUAAAAAUCAUUGGUUCAGAAAAAGAAAAAAAAUCACUGAUUCAAAGCAAAUUGCCAAGACGUUUUGUUUCCCCUCCUCUGUGUAUCUCAGAAAUGAGACCUUUCCCCCCAACACACUUUGUUAAGAUAAAAUCUAAAAAAAAUUGAAAACUUUUCAUACGGCAAAAAAAUCUGUACGUGCAACCUUAAGACUUUUUUUUUGUAUAGCUAUUAUUUAUUCAAAAGGAAAGUUACAGUGACCAAAAUAAACGUGAUCUUGAGAAAACUC